CGAUAACGUACGCUGUUUCUUGAUUUUGUUUAAUAUUAAAUUUAUUUAAAAAAAUAUAACAAUUUGCUUUUUUAACAUAAAAUUCAUUGACUGAUAUGACUGAAAGUUUUUCUGUAGUGUCGUAGUUUUUAGUAUACGCCAACAAUAUAAGAGAUUACAAAUUUUUAAAAUAUGAUCAUGUUUUUUUUUUAAAACAUACAAAUGCUGAUUUAUCAAAUCGCAGUUGUCAUCGCGCUCCAAUAAAGGCAAUGGUUGAUUGUAAAGUUCUGGUAUUAUUGUUAAUGCUGCUGGCCUACGCAUGCGCGCAUCCCGAGCAGCAGGUGACGGUGCCGCCGCAGUCUCUGGCAGCGACUCCAUCAGAACCGGCGCCCCCGUUGGUAACCCAAUCGAUAGAGGUGGCAAUGGUCUCGCCGCCAUCGCCUACAUCGGCACCUAAUCGACAUCGUGUGAACGAAGCAGACAACGCAGAUUCAUUGUCAGCUAUAACACCGAUGACCAGUACGACAACUGCUACACCAUCAGCCGCAGUGUCUUCCGAAUUGCCAGAAUAUCUGAGAAAUUGUUUUUACGCGGAAGAGGAGCUGUGCCUCAACUGGCGCCGCCACAACGCUAGUGGCGAUGAUUCACAAAUAUCUGACCGAGCGGAUAUUCUGCUAGAUACUGGUGCCGAAAACAUAACUGCAGAUAAUAUGACUGCGUACAGUGGACAAAAUGGCAGCCUGUCGCAGGUUCACGGUCAGCAGAGUCCUGGAGAGCGUGAUUCCAAUAGCUGUCAGUGCCGUGAGCAUCCGACGCAUGCCAACUCUUGGUACUGCUGCAACAUUACCCAUAUUUCCAUGGUCUCCAGUUGCAGCAACAUUUCGAAAUGGACAAACCUGCAUGUACGCAAUCUUACCGUGCAGGCUAUGAACCUCUCCAAUCCAAUAUAUCGAUCGCUGCAGUCGCUCGCCGUCACGGAUGGAAAUAUAAUGCAACUGACGAAUGCGUUCCCGCGACACUCCAAGCUAAAGUGCCUUAAUAUAUCGAAUAAUAACAUUUCGGAAAUCGCAUCACGGGCUGUCAAGGAUGUGCCCCACCUAGAAUUUCUGGGCAUAUCGAAUAAUCUGCUUUCCCGUGUGCCAAAUCGAAACCAGAACAAGAACAUUGCCUUGGACAUUAGUGGGAACAUGCGUUUGCUCUGUGAGCCCCUCAGCGAGAUCAUCUAUAUCGACUCAUUCAACAUUGUUAAUCCGGAACACUCCUUUUGUUUGUAUAACGCGACACAUAAGUGGUUUAAUUCCACGGAUCUGGUUUCCGUUAAACAACUCGAAAGCAUUAAGAAAUGUGGUACGAAGUGUCCAAGUAUACCGAAUUAUGGCAACUGUUCCUGCAAUAUAUACAGUAUCAUGAUAAUACAGGGCGAUCAAUCCAGGACCGUGUGUAAUGUCGAUUGUUCUAACCUUGGCUUGGUUGAGCUACCAUCCCAGUUACCGGACAACACGUUUACGUUAAACAUAAGCAACAACAAAAUAAGCAGCUUGGGAGAUCAUUUCCAUACAAAUCCCACCUAUUACAAUAUUGUAAAACUGGUCGCCGAUAAUAAUCAUAUAUCUUCUAUAUACGAAUUUGAGGGCACCAAGUUCAUUGAGCAAUUUCAACGGCUCUACAUGCGGAACAAUUCGUUGAGUAAAAUUCCCGAAUAUUUUUUGAACAAUGCUCUUAUGGAUACGGGCAUUGGACGGCGCAUUUAUCUGGCUGAGAACAGACUGCAAUGUGACUGCAACUCGGCAAAAACGUUGCAAAACUGGCUUAAGGAACGCAGUACCGAUAUACCCGACUACAUGGACAUAAGAUGCCGCAAUUUACCUCAAAGCGUUAUUGAGCUGCAGGAAACAAAGCUGUGCCAGUCACCGCCCGACUGGACGGACUACAUAUACUAUUUAAUAGCAGCAGAAAUAAUUCUCCUGCUAGCUCUGAUCACAAAGGUUUCCUACGACUACUGGGUUUUCAAGACAGCCGGUUACUUGCCCUGGCCAGCAAGCAAAAUGCCGAAACUGCCCUGCGACUGGCUGUGCGAGUCCUAGAUUAACUAACCGAUAAAUAGCCAGACUGAACGUGGACAUAGCAUAUCCGCUUAACACUUCACCAUGAGCGACUAUAACGAAUAUCGAUUUUGAUGUGCCUUCUUACAUAUGCCUAUAUAUACAUAUUUAUUUAUAUAACAAUAGAUCUAUCUAUUUGCUGCAAUGAAAUGUUGUGUAUAAGCUAAACGAUAUGUACCUAUAUAUAUACCAAUAGCCCGACUGGACGUCUCCAUGACACACUAUGACGGAUAUCAAUUUCAAUGUGCCUUACACUUUCUAGUUUUUAAAUAACCCCUUAUAAUGAAA